UGUCUCACAAAGCAAAAUCGCCUUUAGCUCAUUCGCAAACCCAAAACUUCUUGCUCUAUCUCAUGGACUACCACCAUUGAUUGGACCUUUUGUUCUUAGACUAAUUUAAAGUUGGUUUCAUUCAAAGGGCGGCCCUCGAUCUUUCUCCAUUGCAUGUGCUACAAAACCCAAUUCCUGUUUUUACCAAAUUUGAAGAAUCUGUGUGCGAUUUUGUGGAAUAUUAUGUGUCCUCUUCAUCAAUAACAAUUUUUUAUAUUUGGGUUUUAAUCACUCACUCGUUGUGGCUAAUGGGUCCAAUCAGAGGGUUGAGAAAGAAGAAGAAAUUAGAGAGAAAGCUCGAUUGCAAUGGUACUGCUUCUGAUUCUUCUGAAAAGGAUGAUGCUAUAGAUUGGUGGGAUGAUUUCUCCAAACGAACCAAUGGUCUUCAUUCUGCAUCAAAAGGUUUGGAUAGAUUCAAAUCCAUUUUCAAGGUCUCCCGAAAGACUUUCGAUUACAUAUGUUUGCUUGUCAAGGACGACAUGACAGCUAAAUCUGGUCAUUUUACAUUUUUGAACGGUAGGCCAUUGUCUUUAUGUGAUCAAGUAGCUGUAGCUUUAAGAAGGUUGGGGUCCGGUGAAUCAUUAGUGACAAUAGGUGAUUCGCUUGGGUUGAACCAUUCGACUGUGUCUCAAGUCACAUGGCGAUUUGUGGAGUCAAUGGAAGAAAGGGGGCUUCACCAUCUUCAUUGGCCUUCAAACGAAGUGGAAAUGGCUCAAGUGAAAUCAAAAUUUGAGAAAAUACAAGGACUCCCUAACUGUUGUGGUUCGAUCGAUACCACUCACAUCACAAUGUGUCUGCCUGCUUCGGAUCCCACAAGUUAUGUGUGGCUUGAUGACAAAAAAAACCACAGCAUGGUUUUGCAAGUGAUUGUAGACGCAGAAAUGAGGUUCCGAGACAUAUUAACUGGAUUGCCUGGAAAAUUGUCGGAUUGGUUAGUUUUCCAGAGUUCAAACUUCCACAAGCUUUGUGACAAGGGGGAGAGGCUGAAUGGGAAGAGGUUUGAGCUUCCCGACAGAUCGGAAAUCCGAGAAUAUAUAAUUGGAGAUUCCGGCUAUCCUUUACUUCCUUAUCUUGUCACUCCCUAUGAUGGAAAAGAACUCUCAACAUCAAAAACUGAGUUCAACAAGCGACACAAAGAGACUCGGUUGGUGGUUCAACGAGCACUAGCAAUGUUGAAAGAACGGUGGAGAAUCAUUCAAGGAGUGAUGUGGAGACCCGAUAAACAUCGGUUGCCGAGGAUCAUUCUAGUCUGCUGCUUACUUCAUAACAUUAUCAUUGAUAUCGGAGAUGAAACGGAGGAGGGUGAAGUUCCUUUGUCUAUCGAACAUGACGUUGAUUACAAACAACAGGUAUGUGAUGUUUUUGACUCAAAGGGUGCAUAUGUGAGAGAUAGAUUGUCUUUGCUGUUCAUAUGAAACUGAGAGGCUUGGUUACCAUAUUUACUAUUCUUUUAUAUUCUACAAUGUUCAAAUGAUGAGAUUAAGUGCCAACAUGAGGUCAGCUCAACUGGCACCUAUGUACCAAAGGAUAAGAGGUUUCAAGUUCAAAUCUUCCAUCGCAAAUUGAAUUAUGACUCCUUUUCAAAAAAAAAAAAAUUAUGGGAUUAAGCUUCUGCCGCAUGUACAUAUCAUCAAUUGAUGCUUUAGUCAUUUAUUGGGGAGUGAUUGAUGAAUUGAUUCAGGUCCAAUGAUCUGAAAUUUGUCUUAUGAACAUUGAAAGAGGGAAAUUACAAAACACACAAGUUAUUAGUAUAUGAGCUGUGGUUUUUGUUCUUUUGCUGUGAACAGUAUGGAAUUACAGCGUUACAUGCAAGUUUCAACUCC